GUUCCUCUCUAACAUAGGUACGCGGUCGUUUUUGGAAUGUUUUGAUUGUCAACAUGUUAAAUUGCUUUAUUUUUGGCAGACCAUAACAAAUAAUAAUUUAAUUAAUGAAUCUUAAAUAAAUAAAUAAACUUUAAACAUUAAUUCUUUUUUUCAUAACACUGUUGAUAAGCAAGUUCGAUACUAUCGCGAUAGUCAGGGAACCGAAGAUAGUGCCAUCACUGGCCUGGCCAUUUUAAGAAACGUUUUUUGGUAAUUUUACACAAUAUAGCGCAAAAUGGUGGAACUGGAGGGCUAUAUAGUGGUUCCCCUACGCACCACACCCCAGGCUAAGUACUGCCACAGCGUCUACAUGCGGGAGCACUUCAUACGGCUGAUGGAUCCAAAUAAACCCAAGGGUCGCACCCUCUUCGUGCUCAAUGUUCCGCCCUACGUAACGGAGGAGAGCCUGAAGACGGUCUUCGGGCGGACGGGGAGCAUUGAAGCCGUGGAGUUCGCCGCCAGGCCGGGAAAGGAGGAGACCAUCAAGUGGUACGAGGGCACCGCCGAACCGUUCUCCAGCACACGCCCGCCCUUUACCUUCAAGGUGGCCUACAUAGUCUUCGAGAAGGCCAGCAGCAUCGGCAAGGCCCUGGCCUUGAGGAGCAUCGACCUCUUUAACAGCAGCGGCGAGUGCAUUGUGAAAAGCGGCAUGGAGCUUUGGCACGAGGAAUACGAAGAAAACUACAUCUUCGAUGCCCACAAGGCGAAGCUACAGGUCAGCAAGUACAUAUCCGGGUACGACAAGAGGGAGCGGGCUGCGGCGGAGGCGGCCAAGACUGGAGAGGCUGACGCCGACGGAUGGGUCACCGUCGGCAAGGAGGGCCGCAACGCUGGUUUCGAGCAAAAGGCCUCUGUGCUUGGACGCCUUGAACAAAAGGUGGCCAAUGGAAACAAGUCCAAGGAACUUAAGAACUUUUACACCUUCCAGAUACGCGAGGGAAAAAUGCAGAACAUCGUGGAGAUGCGCAAAAAGUUCGAGGAGGACAAGCGAAAGAUAGAGCUGCUCAAGCAAUCGCGUCGCUUUAAGCCGUUUUAGUCAAUAGUCAUAGGUUAAAAAUAAAGUAAAACUUCUUUAUGAUACCAGAAA